GGCCCGGGCUUCGAUCGUAACGGGGACUGCUUCGAGCGUCCCCGGGCUCGGUCUGAUAACCCUGUCGCCGCCGCCGCCAGGCUUGCUCCUGUCCACGAAGGCGACACGGCAACCCAAGCGUGGCACAAUGACGGGCAACGCCGUCCUGUCGCGCAUUGCGCUCCUCGUUGUCGCGCUCCUCGUCUCGUGCGCAUCGCUCGUCGCAUCGGCCCCCAGCGCAAAUCGCGAGGCUGCUCAAACGACACGGUACGCACACCCUUCCACAUUCUGCAAGUCGUACCUCAACGAGCGCAACCUCGCCGCGGCCGCCUCGCCCGAAGGGCGCGGCGUGCGACAGACGCUGGCCGAGGCACGGCAGCGGCGCCUCGAGUCGGAAGGCCACUCCAACGGAGAGCUCGCGCGCGCCUGCCUCGAGCUCCUCAACAACGGACCCACACCCCCACCGGGCAACCGCGCAGCGGAAGAGAUCGACUAUGGGAAAGAAGCAGCGAGCGGCAAGGAUGGGGCCAUGAGCAGGAGAGAGCUUCUGCUCAGACAAUGGAUCAAUGCCGCUGCCUCGCCCUGAAGAGCCUAAUGAUAGAGAUUUCGUCUCUCAUCACCCGCUAGCAAGCCCACGCCCUCAUUGCUCCCUCUUUUUGGUUCACCUGCCUCUUGACGAGGCCAGGCAUUCCCUUUCUCGUCUUCAGCAUCUUUUCAAUGUAUUCAUACCCAGCCGCUCUUGCCAACUCACUCUUCUCUGUCAGAAUUCCAG